GCGUUUUUUGUGGAUUUAUCAUUUGAUUUUGCGAGGAAUACACACAGAUGAGUGAUCUGUUAAUGUGAAAUAUAUUCUAAAUUAAUUCGGCUGUGUAAAGUGGAGUGAUAGGAUCGAUUAGAGUAGAAUAAAAUAGGUGGAAGCUGUCAUUCAGAGUCAUUCAAUCCCAGCUGUGUUGAUCAUCAUUAGAAUGCGCUCAGUGGCCCUGCGGUGACGUCAUCCGGUUUAGGCGGUCACUCAGAUUGCCUGCGUAGAAUACGUGCGUGCGUGCGAGUGUCUGCGUUUGUGCGAGUGUAUGAGUGUGUGUGUGUGAGUGUGUGUGUGUGUGUUGUCCUUCAGUGUAGCUGCACGUGACCCCUCGGCUGUCUGGUCAGCUCGUGACACACUUGUGUGUAAUUCAAACGCUAACAACAGCGUAAACACCUGCUUCGUACGCCAGAUUCACGCUCAUUUGCGUGCGUGUGUCCCCGCAUGUCUGUGCGUGGGGCCACUCUCUCUUUCUCUCUCUCUCUCGCUCUCUCUCUCUCUCUCGCGCCCCCAUCAUCACACACACUGACAUCAACCACAACACACACACAGACACACCGCCAUCCUGCGUGUGCCGCACGGCUGGUUAGCUAGCUAGCUAACGUCGCUCCUCCUCAUUGACUGGCAGCGCUGUUGUGCCUGGAUCCAGUUGUUUUCUGUGUUGUUAUGUGUUGGCGUUUGUUCCGGUUGAAGUAACGGAUUAUCCUGCACCCCCUCCUCGGCUGACCGGGAGCCGCCAUGGAAUGCCGCGUGCUGUCCAUACAGAGCCAUGUAGUCCGGGGAUAUGUGGGCAACAAGAGCGCCUCUUUCCCAUUACAGGUUUUAGGGUUUGAGGUGGACUCCAUCAACUCUGUCCAGUUCUCCAACCAUACAGGUUACUCCCAUUGGAAAGGCCAGGUGUUGACAGCAGAUGAGCUCCAUGUUCUUUAUGAGGGGAUCAAAUUGAACAACGUGCACCAGUAUGACUAUGUUUUAACAGGGUACACCAGAGACACGUCCUUCUUGGAGAUGGUCGUGGACAUUGUUCAGGAGCUAAAGAGAGCCAACCCCAACCUGGUGUAUGUGUGUGACCCCGUCCUCGGUGAUCACGGAUCUAUGUACGUCCCUCAGAAUCUUUACCCGGUCUACAAGAACAAGGUGGUUCCUGUUGCCGACAUCAUAACUCCCAACCAGUUUGAGGCUGAAUUAUUGACGGGGAAAAACAUCAGCACAGAGAAAGAUGCUGUGGAGGUGAUGGACCUCCUCCAUGCUAUGGGCCCAGACACAGUGGUCAUCACCUCCUCUGAUCUGCCCUCCAGACUGGGAGACCGCUUCCUCGUGUCGCUGGGCAGUCAGCGCCAUGUUCGUCCCGACGGCAGCAGGACGACACAGAGAGUUCGAAUAGAAGUUCCCAAAGUGGACGCCGUCUUCGUAGGAACUGGAGACUUGUUUGCUGCUAUGCUGCUAGCGUGGACACACCACUACCCCAACGACCUAAAGACGGCCUGUGAGAAGACUUUUUCAGUGAUGCAUCAUGUUAUCCAGAGGACCAUUUCGUACGCUCACGAGUUAGCAGGACCCGGUCGGAGGCCCAGUCCGCCCCAGCUGGAGCUGCGGAUGGUUCAAAGUAAAGCAGACAUAGAGGACCCUGCUAUAGUUACGGAGGCUACAGUCAUAUCCUAACACUACCGACCCAUAAGACUCAUACUAACCGUGUCCUCUUCACCCAUAAAUCUCUCAAAUCCUGUAUCUCAGUAAAAUCUCUCAUCACUGUAAACCUUGACAACUCAUCAUCCAGACUCCUGAAACCUCUUAGUAUUGUAACCCCUUUAGUCCUUUUACCCAGAACCCUUUAACCCUUCAAGUCCUCAGUGUCCUAACCCCCUGAAACAGAACCUUUAACCCGAAACUCCUGCGCCCUUUUUCCCCCAGAAAACCUGUUUGGAAACCAGAGCCAUAGAUAAACAGUCAGUUCAUGUUGGACUGUGGCGGCUUCUUGCUGCUGCGUUUUUCCUGACAGAGUGUGUGAGCAGAAAGCGAGUGUCCAAGAUUGCUCUGAUACAACAAAACCACAAGCACAAUGCAAAAAAUUACAAAUAUAACGGUUAAAAAAAGACUAAAUAUCAAGGUGAUGAGGUCGGUAGGAAGCCGCUUCAAAGGUUCAGUCAUCUACAAAACAGAGAACAUUUUUCAGAUCUGUUAAAGUCAGAUUUGGACAUAAGUGACUGAGCCUGGGGCUGGUUUUGUCCUUGGAGUAAAACUACGACUUGUUAUUUAGGAUUUUUCUUUUGUAUAAUUUUGGGAUUGAAAAAUGACACUAAAGCCCCGUCUGUACCAGACUACUGUUACAGGGAACUUCAAGUCUUGUAGAGGUGACCAGCUGAUGUUUGUGGGACAUGCACAGUCUGUAUUUUACUCAUAUUUUCUGACAUUAUCCCCUGAAUAUGAUGUCAAGGCUCUGUGUAACUCCAGAGGUCUGUGCUUCAGCAGCCACAUUAAUAAUAUAGUUUGGAGUUGUUUGUGUGUGUCGCAGGCAUAAAUACACAUUCGCGGCUCAUUUGGAUCAACUCAAAGAUGGUUUGUGGCUGAACUGUCAUCACUUUAAAAACGUCAGUGUAACCAAACUCACAGCUGUUUAAACACACAGGAUUAAGAUUACAGAUGUCCUCCAUCCUGAAUAUUCUCCCAAACUCUACCUCCAAACUAUUAAACAUGAACUCACCUGCUUUAUAACUAUUACUCUGUCACUGCCACUCAGCUCACAUCCUCUGUUGGUCCUCUACACCAGUUGCCAAGUCGCAGGAUUGCAGCUCACACUGGUGGAACUGGGAGACCACGAUGAUCGAACACUGUUUAUCUACGGCUCUGCCCAUCACUAUUCCAACCCCCUCCCCGUCUUACAGCAGUGAUGUAAUGGUGACCAAGUCUAACCCCUGACACCCCUUGAAAAUAUAACAAAGGAAAAAAAAAAACGCACAAUGUAUAGUUGAUGUAUAGAUGUUGUACUAUAACUGUAUUGGACCAUCUGUAUGAUAUCUUCUAUCUGAUCUGUCUCUUGGACCAUUGUGUUGAUGCUACUGUACUAUAGACCACACUACCGCACUACAAUAUCACCGAAACCAGAGACAUCUGGGCUGGUUCUGGCACUCCCGGAGGCUGCAGCGGCUCCAGUCGUUGUCACUUGUUAGUUAUAGGUAACUGUCUGAUAUUCAUAGUGUAUAGUUAAACCUCCUUCAUCUCAACAAAAAGAAAAAUGGACAAACGGAGCCGUCUGCGCUGCCCCGCCGCCGGUUUUUACCAACCAAUCAGAAAUUGGCUACCUCGGUGCCAGAACCAACCCACAUCCUGCCGGGCGGUUCCCGGCCCAGCUCUGGCCCAGAACCCUAUAUCUGAGAGUUGUGCCACUGAAUUUACUGGAGGCCUCGAGAAAGUUGUGAAAAGAAGCGGGAGACUUCGGCCUCACGUCACGUCCAGAAGCAGCUCUGUACAUGUUUGUUGUUAGAAAAAUGUGUUUUUGGUUCACUUCACACUCCACUGUGGUCCGACAACAGACACGACGUCAGCAGGUCCCGUUUUAACACGAUGGGAAACGUUUUUUAAGUUAAAUAAGAGUUCAGAAAUCUGAACUACUAACUCAGUAAACUGACGGCUGAUGCAAAGCACAGAUGAAUCUGUGAUAUAACUUGUUUUUAACAAACUAAUCUAUUUUCUUUUCAAAUGAUUGUUUUGUCUUUUUUAAAUAAAAGAAUAAUAAUAACUACGUCCUAGAACCUGAAGUUACUUCUUCAUAUUGCGCAUUUUCCCAACAAAUAGUCCCCAAAACCCAAAGACAUUCAAUUUACAGGGAUGCAAAGCAGAAUAGACUCACAUUUAAGAAGCUGGAACCAACAAAUAUUUGACAUUUUUGCUUGAUAACGACUGAACAAUUAAAAUGUCGACCUAACUAACUAGUUGGCUUCUCAAGCUUGCCACCUUGCUACGAUAAAUGAGUCUAUGCAUUCUUUGGGUUGAUGUGUCAGGCUUUACAACAUCUGUUGUUCACAGUGGAGUGUGAUAGCAGGGGGGUGACGAGAAAUAUGCGACUGUGGUCCUGAGCCGGUUUCAAACCAGUGAUGUCGCGAGAACUUGGCAUGUGCCUUAUGUGCCCCGCUGAGCUACCAGGGCGCCACAACAGACGAGCUUUCAGAGAGAUUUUAACGUUUUUUAAGUUGCAUCAGAAUCUUUCUCCCCCUCGUUGCUUCCUGAUGUGAAUGUUUGGUUAUCGUGUAACAACAGGAAACAACAACAACACACCAGUUUGGAAAAAAGGAAACCAAAUAACCGGAGGCUUAAAAAAAAAGAAAUGGAAAAUAGAAAAUCCAGACGCCUUCAGUGUCCCACCUGAGCUGGAUGUAAGGUUCUGGGCAGACCAGUGUAAUUCUGUACUGCUGUUGUUUCUCUAUGGACUGUACUGUGAUACUGCCUUAGGAACCUAACAUAACUCCACAAUACUGCUCACUGAGGGAGAGGGGGAGAGAAGGGAGGAGGGGGAGGGACGUAAAACAUGACAUGUCUUAAAUGUUGGUACUUCUGACUGCAACCUUCUGUUCGACAGUGCGCCUGAAAUGAGGAAGAGAUGCAAAUGCUUCAAUGUUCUGUUUUUAUUAGGGCUGCAAGUAAUGAUUUCAUUCUCUUUAUAGUUGUUUGGUCCCAAAAAUGACAGAAAAUUGUGAAAACCUGAACAUAUUCAAUUUGUUAAAAAAAAACGCAGCAAAUCUUCGCUUUCCAGACCCUGGAACCAGAUAUGUUUUAAGCAAUUUUGAUUGAUAAAUGAUUUUAUUUUCUGUCAAACGACUGAUUGAUUUCUCGUUUGAGCCCUAAAAUGUUGUUUUCUUCAAAGACUAGAGACUCAGAGUUUAUCUGAAAACACCUCUUGGACUAACAGUGGAGGGAAAAACAGUCUCAAUUUAAAAAAAACUGCAAUAGUUGAUAUUGAUUUUUGUACCAGUGCAGUUGUAUUGUGCCACUGUAGCACUGAUUGUCAUAUCAAUAACAGACUGCUGUGUCUGUGCGCUCGGCCAAUCAGCUGAGAUCUGCUAUAAUCAACACGUGCACUAUCCAAUCCUCUGCUUCCUGUUAACAAACCAGUCAGCCGUAUUAUUGGGUCAAAAUGUGUCUAUCUGUUGUGUACGUGCGUGUUGUGUGUGUGUGUGAGCGAGUGUGUGUACAUGUGUAUAUAAAUGUCCUUUAUGGUCACAGGGUUUUCUGUGUGUGUGUGAGUGUGUGUGUGUGUGACAUGUGAGAGGAAAUCCCUGAAAAGUAAAACUAACAACAAACGUCGGGGGGACGAGAGAGGAGGAGGGUCAGGAUAGUGUGCUGGAGGAGAGGAGGGGAGGGGAGGUGUGUUCAAGAGGACAAUCAUUCCGUUACGUUACUCAGUGUUUGGCGUCUCCCUGUUCCCGAAUCUGCAAAACAAAACAGGAUUUUUAAUUUUUUUUCCCCUGUUGCCUCACAUCCCCUCUUUGCCACAUUCAGUGUUUUGUUCCUCGAGCUUGUCCACUCGCCUCCCUGCAGUGCCGUGACUGUGAAGCUAGUUUAGAAACCUGUGUGUGCGUGUGUGUGCGUGCGUGCGUGUGUGCGUGCGUGUGUGUGUGUGUGUGUGUGUGUGGUUGUACUGUGCCCUGAUUUCCUGAUAUCUCUCUGCUAGACUGUCACUUCUGUCUCCAGCUGGUCUCUAUCUCCACUUUGCUUGCUGUGUCUUCUGUGAUACAACCAAACGUCGCUGCACUCUUGUUUGGGGAAAAAAAAAAAGAAAGAAAAAAGCUGCUACUCGCCCUGUUGGUUUGUUUAACUACAUCCCAUUCCUCUGCUGGACAUCUGGAUUGAGUUGCACCAGCUCUUUGUGAAUCUUUCACAGCGUGUGAUUUACCACAAUUGAGUUGCAAAACGUCUCAACUAGUAGGAAUGUGGAAAUUGGUUGGCAAUCAAAAGCAUUUAACCAUUAAAUCAGGAAUUUACUGUGCAGAAUGAGCUUUAACAUAACAAAAAAAUACAAUUUCAAGAGGCCAUCAAUCAUUUAGUGCAGGAUUAAUUUAGUUUUGCAGUUUAAAGUCACAUUAAAUAAUAACUAAUGAUGUUAACUUUAAAAACACUUAAUUGUGCCAUCAGGUAACUAGUUCAGUUAGCUAACAGUGUGUAACUGUUGCACCUGGCAGUUACUGGGUGUAUAAAAUUUAGUACCAAUGAAUAUUAUUUAGGUCUGUCCUGUUUUUAGUCGUCUGUACUUACAAACAGCUGGUGCAACAAUCCAAGGGUCACUUACAAACUACUGAACAUGGUUGCCUUUGGGCCCGAUCACCCAGGAUGGCACGCUGCACACUCUCUUUAUGCUAGACACAAACAAAAAAAAUCCCAAAAUACUGGUUGUUAAUGUUUGUUUCAGCAGUUGUUGACGUGUGAAACGAAACCCUUUAACUGUCACAUUCAGCAACAACAACUCCUGGGAGGAUCAGGCUAAAUAUUCAGCUUCCUACGUCAGACACACAGGGAGCAUUUAAUCGGUUUGUGUGAGAUUGUGGCCUGAGAACAACAACCUUUGAUUAAAUGUUCCUCAGCCCAGCAAGUGAAAACAGUGAGCGCCGUCCUGUGUGAUCCGGCCCUUCACCUUUCUGUUCGUCCAUCAUUUAGAUAUUUCCCAUCUGGCUUUGUUUGAUUCUCCUCACAUGUCCGUCGCCUCCUCUCUGUACCUUGUUGUGAUAGACCCCCCGUCUCCUCUUCCCCCGUACGUUUGGUUAGAAAAUGGCCGCCACAAAAAAGAAAAACAAAACAAAACACAACGGCCCUGAUCGAUCGUGUCCCACCGUGGUCCCCUCCUCUCCUGAUCCGACAGUUUCAUCUCCGCCAUCUUGUUAUUCUGUUCUUGGUGGCCAAAACAAAACGAGGAAAUGUAAUAAUCAUUGUUUGGUAACUGUUUUUAGUGCUAUGUUUUUGGAGCGUUACGAGUAUUUUCUAACAUGUUACAAUAAAAGAUUGUAGUGUACAAAUUCACAUUUAUAAAAUAUAUAUAUAGAUAUAUAUGAGAAAUGUAUGUUCUAAUGCAAUAAAGAGAGAUUAAGAAUUAUGAA